AUGAGCCGCGUCCUCGUGCUUGGCAGCGCCCAAGUGGGCAAGAAGCAUAUCGUCGAGGCCGUCGUCGCCGCAGGCGGAGCGCAGGAUGCUGCCGAGUGGGCCAAGGCCGAUGACCACGCCGUGCUUGCGCACACGCUCGUGACCAAGUACUACUCGGCGCCGAUCGCGUUCCACGUGCCCGAAGCGGCGCACGACGUACCAGAGGACCUUUCGCCGUACGAAGGCCUGCUGCUUGUGUGGGACGCGACGCAGAAGGCCUCGUGGAGCCAUGCGCAGUCGGUCAUGGAGGCCAUUGCGUCGCGAGAGCAUGGCCUCGAGGUGCUGGUCGCCGUCGCCAACCGCGCGUCGCCCGACAUGGUGCUCGAGAACAUGAACGACUGCUGCUUGGAGCAUGGCUUUGAGCACAUCGCUGCGCCCAAGACGCCGCACCCGACGCCCGCCUCGACGCCGUCGCUGCUCGAGCAGGACGAAGGUUUUGAGGCGCUUUUGCAGGAGGUGCUCAGCAUCCGCGAAGACGUCAACUUGCAGCGCCUCACGGACGACGAGCGCCGAGCGCGUGCCGCCGACAUGGCCAUGAAGCUCAUGAGUCUCUUGGGCGACAACAGCGACGACGACGACGAGAGCAGCGACGACGAGUAG